ACCUUUCAAAGCAGGACCUUUUGUUCAGAAGCCCUUCACUGAAGAUAAAGCGCAGCUGUGGUCUCCGUCAUUACAUCCAGAGGCACGUCGAGUCACCAUGAGGACCACUCACAUCCUUCUGCUUUGCAUCCUGGGAAAUGCUCUGAUUGCGUCUGUGAUCUGCAACAGUGGAAUUGGCCCUGAUGAUUGUUGCUUCACACCUUACCCGAGGAGACUGAACAAAAAACUCAUCAGCUCAUAUUACUUCACUGAUCACCGAUGCCCCAUGGCUGGAGCCAUUCUGAUUACCAAAAAUGGUCGUCACAUCUGUGUAGACCCGGGCCUCCCCUGGGUUGUCAACAUCAUGAAAAGUGUGGACCAAAGUACCUUUUGAAGCAACUUGCUCCCUGCUCACAUUCCUUCAAAGUCACUGCGGCUUUCGUUGGUUCAUCAAAAGGCUCCCUGUGAAAUGCAUGUUAGUAGAAAAAUCUGUUGAUUUGGCCUCCAGAUGGAGUCACUUUAAGCUUGUAUUUGCAUAUUGAGCUACUUCUCCUGUUUGGGAGGUAUUUUGGAUGCUUUGUAAUAGUCACAUCAUUCUGUAUCAAUCUCAUACAAAUACAGUUGUUCGUGCUAAGCCUUGAUUUGUGUCUUCUCACUGCCUGUAUUUGUAAUAUGUUAGUGCAAAAAUGAAUAAAAGGAUUUUACAGGUAGAA